AUGUCGGACCAGACGAGCGAUGAUGGCGCGCGCCGCAAGUGGCGGCAGGAACGCGACGCCGAGCUCCGCGGCGGACCACCCGGACCCUCCUACCCUCCCUCCAGCAGAAACGACUACGACGCUCCCACCUCCAACGGCCGCGGCCCAUACCCUCCCGCGCCCUCCGGUGGCCUCCCUCCCCAAGGUAUGCCAGACCCCGUCGUCCCUCCACCGCCCCUAGGCGAGCAGAGCCGCCGCCCGAGCGCCUUGAAGAGCGGCUCCGGCCAAGGUCGAGUGCCCUCCCACCUCAAGCCCGAGUUUCCCGACGAGGCUUCGUAUCUCGGCUCCACCGCGCCUGAUCUCGAGGCGAAGAACAAGCCGCGCCACAGGCAGUUCCGCGACAAGCGCGACGGCUAUGAAAGCGAGGAGGGCGAGCAGCUGAAGCGUGCCCGUCCGCCGCCUCCAUACGAUGCGAAUCCCAGCGUCCGCCAGCCGCCGGCACCUUCGCAAAACAGUGCUGACGCCUAUCGCGAACCAGAUGAUCGCAGGAGGUCGAGGAGAUACCCCCCAUCUGGUGAUGGUGCUCGAGGCCCGCCGCCUGGUGAUGACCCUCGAGGUGGUCCUGCCCCUCGGCGUGGAGAUCCAUACGCCGAUCGUGGAAGCGGCCGGCCCCCUCGAAGCAGCAGACGCGACCGUGGUGACGAUUACUACGAUGACGACCCGCCACCCCGCUCGUCGCGAAGGAAAGAUCACCCGGACGUGGAGUAUGGCUCCGAGCCCGUACCCGCCGUGAGGCGCUCGAACGGCGAGCGUCGCCCCCAACUCCCCAAAUCCGGAUCCUCGCGGCGAGAUCGAGACCGAGACAGAUAUGACGACAAUGACGAUGAUGACGAUCGCAGACGCCCUCCGCCGUCUCGUUCUACUCGCGACAGGAGGGAUCGCGAUCGAGACCGCCAUGAUGAUGACCGAGAUGACGAUUACGGCCGCUCCGACAGACGACGUCGAGACGAAAGGGAUGACAGGGACAAGGACAGCUAUCGGCGCGGAGAUAAGGAUCGAGCCCGAGAUCCUCCUCGCGACCGAGACCGCGACCGUGACGGCGACAAGUACGGAGCAGACCGCAGACGCGAUCGAUCCCGCCGCCGCUACAGCGACGAAGACAGCGAUUACGACGACCGACGCAGCCGCAGGAGUGACAAGUACGACCGAGAUGGCAGGCGGAGCGAUCGUGACCGCGAUCGCAGACGCAACAGCAGUGUGCCAAAGGAGAUGAAGAUUGGCGGCUUUGAUGUUGGGCCUUUGGUUCAGCAGGCGCAGAGGCAUUACGGAACGCUGGCGCCCAUCUUGACGCCUGUGGUGAUGAACAUGGCCAAGAAGUAUGUGAGCAAUAGGUAG